UGACAUGGCUGUCAACCUAUUCUGGCAGACGGCACCUUUCAACCCCUGACCCCAUCAGCCCGAGAUUAUUCACCGAUAUGAAGGGUGAAGCCCAGUCUUCUACCAGCCAAAAGCACGCAAUCGCUGGGUUUAACACCGGAUUUAAAUAUAAUCAGGAAAUUCCCGGGCAUCUUGCACCGCGUCACCUUAGGGUACUGCGAUAUUUCGAUUCUCUCACCUUCUUACCCCACUUCCCGGGAACUUCCAUAAACAAAGGUGAUGUCAAGAUCUUCCACGUUGAAAGUUUAGUAAACACCCCACGGGGCAAGUGGUUCGUCUCACCUCUUCCCAGUAGCUUUGCCGAGGAUGUGUUAACCAGAGACUGUCAUUUCGUCAACGUUACGGCCCUCUAUUUUUCAUCGACCAAUCAAUCAAACCCGACCUGUACUAGGAGAAUCCCGUGGUUGGAUUCCUAA